AUAUGAGUAAAGUCUCAUUUCGGGCUCGACAGAUCGAUUUCAACAAACCACUUCCAAUUCUUACAUUUGACUCUGAGUUGUUUUCUGAAAUUAGCGAGAAUGCUCUUGUCAAUCGAGGGGUGCCCCAGAUUCCGAGUGGGAUGGAGAAAGACGAGGAAAAUGAGCAUCAUUUUCUUGAAGUUCUCCAGGCACUGCAGAAUCAUAAGUCAGAAGAUGUCAUUAUUCCUGUUCCCGAGAUCGUGGAUCAAUAUGCCAGUCACGCGGUUCUCUACCCCAAUGGAUACGUCCCACCUAAGCAAUUUAUCCACAUCAGAACUAUUGUCCUGGCAGAGGAAGAGCCUAUUGAAUACGAUAUGGAUACCGAAGAUGAAGAAUGGCUUCGGAAAAGUGACCUUGCUGUCUCUCCGGAUAAAUUCGAAGCUAUGAUAGACAAACUGGAGAGAGGCUGUGGACAGAAGGUAAUGAAUCUAGAGGAAGCGAAGUGUCUCCUACAAGAUGAUCCGGCCCUGGUCAUUGCUGUCUACGAUUACUGGUUAAAUAAAAGGGUCCAGAGUAGACAGCCGCUGUUGCUAAGUGUUCGACAAGAAAGGCGGGAUGGUGGAAGCAAUAAUGAUCCAUAUGUCGCUUUCCGGCGACGAACAGAGCGCAUGCAGACCAGAAAAAAUAGAAAGAAUGACGAACAAUCUUAUGAAAAAAUGCUUAUUCUUCGUGAGCAAAUGAAUGUCUUAGGAGAAAUAGUUAGCCGUCUCGUCAAGCGCGAAACCACUAAGGGGCUGUUGGUUCAAAACGAGAAAGAUGUUUUUAACAUAAGGUACCUGGCUUCCGACUGGGAUGCAUCCAAACUUGCCGAAGCCAACUUGCUAGCGCGUCGAUGUCAAAAGUUUUCAGUUGAUUCGACAUCUAAUUCUCGUGUAUCUAAGGACACUCCGAGGAAACGAUCAAACCGAAAACGCAAAUUGUCUCGACGUCCUCAUGGAUGUCCUCGUGGCAUAAGCUCUGAUGAAGCUACCGAUGUAGAUCUUGAGGAGGAUCAUACCUCUAAAUCCUUGCCGUUUGCAUUUAUCCGUACACCAGGUUGCAAAUACCUCAAACCUAGCACUGAUGUAAUGCCUGAUCCCAGGAUCUUGGAUAAUCGACUCUACAACCUCACUUGUUAUAGACUAACAAGUGUUCCUGUCCACCAUCAGCAGCAGCAUGUCUACACGGGGUAUAUUCGUCGACGAUUAGGCCGCGGUGGAAGAGUUGUAUUUGACCGUGUAGCAUGCCCACCUUCCAUACAAGCAUAUUUAGCUGCAUAUGACGAUGCACUGGGUCAUUUCGUUCCUGAUACUGAUGACCAUUACACUGAUGAAGAACUCGAUCCUGUUAUAGAUCCGUUAUGGCGGGUAUCCUCGCAGUUACGUUCUUGUAUCGCCAGCUUGCAUCCUGGUCGUCUGUCACGCACUUCCCACCUUGUUUUGUCUGAAGAAAUGGACCACUCACAGACCUCUCGUCCCUUACCGCCUCACUCCACCUCCUUUUGCAAAGCUAGCCCUAUGCCUCUCCUGAAUUGCGAUGGCUUGCAGACGCGCAUAAGUGCACACCGGUACUCCCAUUCCAGUGGCAAUGAAUCUACUCAGUCUCCUCCCGAUACGUACCUCGCCACUGCGUCUGCUGACAACCCUCUCACUUCAAAUGUCAUCCCCACGGAGGCACUUUUGGGCAAAUUUUUGGAGCAGGAUUCACACAACUAUAAGUCCUUGAUUGGCCUUGAAGGUGCGAAUUCACGCUUUGUUGAUGAAGUUAAUGCAACCACUCUGCCAGCACAUACUUCGGUGAGCUGGAUAGAUGGCUAUCUCGCUGCUCAACUUAUCCUCUGUGCCUGUCAACAGGCUUCGCUGGCUCUGCUUUCCCGAGCCCACGGCGGGUUUCCAGGCUACUCUUCGCAGACCCGCGUGGUCGACGAUGACUGCGCGAAGCAGUUACCACAUGGUGCUCCUAAUGGCCUGCAAAGAAGCUGGCCUGCUGUAAGAACAAAGGGGCUUGAUGUCGGCGCUAUGCACUUAGCCUGUUCUCAGGCCUCGGAGACCACGGAUGGUCUUAACGAGAGGAAAGAGCUCUUCUGUUGCCCUAAUCAAUCCUACUCUCUGCCGCCGGUCAGCCCUUCAAUGGAUAACGGGAUUCCGGCGGCCGCCCUGAAGCCUGGUCACUGGCCUUCAUCCAGGCAUCAGCGCCUAAAUCAUCCCGCAGAUGGCUCCAUGGAUUGUAGUGUGCUUGCCUCUUCUGCGGCCUCGACGACUGGAGCACCAGGGACGGCCGGUAAAGACUUAAGGCCCACUUCGGGAGGGCUUAGUCCCACUCAAGUCUGCUGA